GAACCAAGAGGAAAAAGGGAAAAGGCGAGAAGUGUUCCCGCCGGACACUUCCGGUUUCGUCCCGGGGACAGCCAGACUAGACUUUCAUGACGUCCACUAAACUUUUGAGAAAUAUACUACAGUAAUUCAACACUUUGUAUUUUUCAUUAGGAGCUAACUGAAACAAACGUAACGGCUGGAUACAGGCGAGGCUGGGUCAAGAUAAACACGUUUUGCAUGGAAAGUAACGGAUGAACGUAACAAGUCAACACCGUUAACUACCGUUAAGUGCUUGCUAACUCGCUAAGCUAACUCAACUAUUCCAAGCUUAUGUUUAACUCGAACAAAAAAAAAACUGAUAAAGGUGUAAUAACCAGUUUUCAGAGGGUUACUUCACAUUCAUUCCGUUAACUUGAACGCAGCCCGGGGGAUUUUUGGUGAUGUGAUCCGGGGGGCGUGCCGUGACCCCGGCUGUGGGUGAUACAGACCGCUCCGCCAGGAAAGUAAACACACCAUUCCGUCAAGAUGGCCCCGCUCUCCGUGUUCCGAGUGGCGCUCCUGGUGUCGUUCUCCGUGCUCCUGACUGUCGUGCUGGGUUUGGGACUGCCUGCCCUGCUGAACGCGGCGAUGAGGAUGUUGGGGUUACCGGAGACGAGCGUCACCGAGUGCAUAGUUAUGCUGUAUUCACUUUUCGUGCUGUACGUUGCGACGCCCCGAAUUCCCAGAGGACUGGUGGAGGUGAAAGGGAAAGCUGUGCUGGUCACAGGUUGUGACUGUGGAUUUGGACAUGCGCUUGCAAAACAUCUGCACAAACUCGGCUUCACGGUCUUCGCCGGAUGUCUCCUCAAGGACAAAGGCGGAGAGGGUGCAAAGGAACUGGAGGAAUUUCAUUCGGAUCGCAUGAAAGUAGUCCAGCUGGACGUGUGCAGCGACGAGCAGGUGAACCAGGCCGUGGAAUAUAUCAAAGACAACCUGGCUGACUCAGAAAAGGGUCUGUGGGCUGUGGUGAACAACGCUGGCGUGUCGACCUUCGGGGAAGUCGAGUUUACGUCCAUGGACACCUACAAGCAGGUGUCAGAGGUCAACCUGUGGGGCACCAUCAGGGUCACCAAGGCUGUUCUGCCGUUAAUCCGAAGGGCCAAAGGCCGUGUUGUGAACCUGGCCAGCAUGUACGGGAGGAUGGGAAACAUCAUGCGCUCGCCCUACUGCGUGUCUAAAUACGGCGUGGAAGCUUUUUCCGACUGCCUCCGCUACGAGAUGAAGACCUGGGGCGUCAAGGUGUCUGUGAUCGAACCGGGGAACUUCAUCGUGGCCACCGGCAUCCUGACCCGCGACAUCGUGGCCAACACGGCCAACAAGCUGUGGAGCGAGGCGCCGGCGCAGGUGAAGGAGGAUUAUGGGAAAGGCCACUUCGAGCAGCACAUGGCGCUGAUGCGCUCCUACUGCAACAGCGGGCAGAAGGAUGUGGCCCCUGUGCUGGAUGACAUCACCGACGCCAUCACGUCCAAGCGUCCUUACACCAGGCCUGGCAGGUGUAAUGAUCCAAAUGACCACCAGGGGAUGCACGUGCAUCGUAGAAAACCACCACAGCUGUGCUCAUGUAUGAAUCAUUUGCAGUCUCAGAUAAUGUUAAUAGUAUUAAAAUCACAUUAUAGCAAAGCUGGAGCUCAGAGAAGACUCUUUUUUUUAUAAUUCCAGUAAAAUACAGCUGAAGAAAUGCAUGAAAACAGACAUCCCGUCAUUUAACGACUCAAAAACAACAGACUUUUUUUUUUUGUAUCGUUUAUUACGUCUUUUGAACACUCUAAUAAACUCUUCUAAAUUAUUACACCUGAAGACGAUCUCCCCUCCAUUUAAAAACAGUAUUAAGAGCAUGACAUUUAAUUUCACAGCACUGCCUUUUUAUCAUUCCACAGCAUGGAUCUGCUUUCUUCACUCUCUCUCAUACAGAAACAAAAAGAAAAGAGAAAAAAAAAAGCUUUGUGAGACAAAGAACACCAUAGAAAUGUAAGCAGCACAAAAAGCACCAAAGUUUUUAAACACGGGGGUCACUUGUUCAGAAUAUUAUCAAGAAACCAGGCGUAGAGGAUCAUCUCAGGCUUGUUUAUCAGUCGAGGAGCGAGUGCUUCGAGCUGCGUUGUAGUUUUUAAGUGGGGGGGGGGAUAGUUUGACAAACGGUCUCUUGAUAAUACCCCUUGCAACUGACUUCAAUGUCUUUUUUUUAAGCAGAUUUUAAAAUCAUUUCUGUACAGCUACAAGGCUCUGCUCAUGCGGCCUCCCCGUUGGUGUAAAAUGAUCCCAGUUCAUAACAAUAUCUAUGCGAGGGAGAUACUGUAGUUCUGUAUUUGAAUAUCAAGUAAAACAUUUAAGUAUCCAGGAUUUUUUUUUCUUUUCUCUUUACAUAUUUAAGUGGCUAAACUGCAAAAGUGAAUGUCUUAUUACACUAGGUCUUAUAUGAAAUGCAUACAGACAUUUAAAAAAAAAAAAAAACUAUUUCCUCGGAAACCAAUGACAGUUCCCAUUCACGACCGACAAUAUGUGAUACCGUUAUAACUUGAGGUGCUCAUAAACAUGAGAUUCAGGUCAUGAUUACAUCACACCUGGGGGAGGGAGGGGGGUAUGUCUCUGAAUGAACAUCACAUAUUUUUAUACUGUACAUGUAGGCAUUCACUGUUCAUUUAAGAAGUUAUACUUGAUGAAAUCAGCAAAGGUAAGGUCACUUGAAACUACACACAAGAUCACCUAAAUGGGCAUUUUAUGCAAGACCAAAAAAAAAAAAGAGAAGUUGGACAAUAACGUCAUGAGGAAAUACCCUUCUCUUUAAAAGGAUGUUUUCAGACGUUGCUAACUGAUCAGACUCAACUGAUGCACAUGCAAAGCUUUAACCAAAUAGCACGCGGAGGUGAUGAGAGAAGGUGGGAAGAACAAGAUAAAAAAGAAAAACUUUGGGGGUGGGGGAGCGGGCUAAACCUUUGGUUGACAGAAAGCUGUGAAGGCACAUUGAAAUCUCCUAAAUCCCUCGAACUGGGGCACACUGCAUUGGCGUUUGUCACUUUAAUGCUGCGUAAUAUCGCAGACGCUGUACAACCGGAAGUCGGGGAGGAAAUUUAAAAAAAAAAAAAAAAAACUGGGGUUGCUGACAGCAGUUCAUGACUACUGUAGGCAAACACUAUCUCACAUGAAGUGUCAGGGGGAAGAAAAAAAGAACAUGGCACCGAUACAACAGCCAGGGCUUGGGUGUAAUAAAUGACGGGAUUCCUGUAACCCAAAUACUUAUCUGGUGACUGAUAUUACAGUAACCAAAAAGAGGAAGAGGGGAGGAGGGUUACUGAGAAUGAAGGGAAUACCCGAAAAAGUGUCAUCAAGUUGAUGUAAUGGUUACAGGUCAGAAAGAAGUUGCACAGAAGAGGAAUAGAACCACUGUGAACUCUGUUUUGCUCAAUAUUCUGACUUCACACAUCAUUUCUAAAGAAAAAAGUCAGAACAAAAAAUUGUUUGAUUUUUUUUUUUUUUUUUAAACAGUGGCCUUCAUCCUAUUCCGUAGUAUCGGGACCUAAAAUGAACAAACAAAGCAGUCGAGCCACGCUGAGAAUCAUUCCUGUGACUGACAUUUUGAAGCAUCUAGUUUUAAUUCUGCCAGGUAUCGAGUCUCGACGCCAUCCUUUUAAAUUCUGGAAUGUUUUUGUCUAGCUUAAAUUAAGAUCUCAAACACUACUGCAGGUUCUAUAAUUAGAGCUCAGCCCCGCUUUUAAACCAGUCAUGAAUCAAACUGAAAGCCAAUUGUUUCGCUGUUAAUAAUGAAUAUGUGACCGCUCCAAAAAUAAGAGAGAACGCUCCGGCUCUCGUGUGAAUAGUGUGUCAAUCACCUGGAGGGGAAAAAAAUAAAAAAGUUCAUGUCCAUGUUUCGGGCAUGCCUGGAUUGACAAGACCUUAAAAAUCCCCCCCCCCCCCAUAAAAAAACAUCCAUUAUCCUCACCGAUGAUACAUCAGCGUUGGCCUCCGUUCAUUUUCCCCGCCCUUGUACAACUGGGAGCGGUAAUCCACAUAUUCUACUUAGUGGAGCAGAUUCUCCAAGUCUCCUCCCUAGAUUUGUUUUUUAGGGUCCAUUUUUCCAUUCCUCCUCUAUGAAAUCCCCUUUUCCUCCCCCUCCCGCUCUUUCUCCCCCAGCCUUCUCUCUCUGCACUUGGGUCCAACUGGCCACAGCUGGAGAACUCAUCAUCGCAAGCAUCGUGAUCAUCAUCAUCUCCCUGAGCCCGCUGCUGGAGCGGCUCCCUGCCGGCGCUGCUGCAGCUUUGAUUGCAGGCGCCGGCACUUAGCUGCCCUUCAAAACAUUCAAACACUACUUGGUCCAUUUUCACCCAAAACAAGUACCCAUUCAACUAGAGACCUUACGGUAACUACAAACCACAUGUUAGGCGCACUGUUUGCACACAUUUGUGUUCUUCUUAAGUUUGCUUUCACCAGAACUUGGCUGUAAGGAAUCGUUUUUUUUCUGAAAAUCUUCUAUAUAUAUAUCCCCCCCUGCAAGCAUGACCCCUGGAUGACCUUCAACUCCUCCAUUACUUCCAGUGAUCACUAAUUCAGGAGCAGUGACAUCACCCUCUGGGUCCUCCAUUUCCCCCUCCCAGCUUCUGGCGGGUUUGUCUGCUCCACCCCCCCUCCCCCCACUCCCCCUGCUUCCUUCUCACCCCCAGAGAAACGUCCCCUUUGGCAACACUGGGAGGACGCAUCAGCUGUCUACGAAGGGAAAACACUUUUUGACUCUUCACAUGACCUCUAUCCCCCCCCCAUCACUCACGCGGACUGUCGAAUUUAAUCUUUUAAGAGAUGGUGCGAAAAGGUGUGAGGACUCUAUUCUGUUUUUGCGUGCACGCAUGCAAAGUCACGGGGUUGUUGAGCCCCCCCACGGAGUCUGCGAUGCCUCCGCUUUAUAACAUUCACAUGAUAUGGAUACAGCAAUAUGUGAGACAAGCAGUUCUGUCGUACAAAAAGAGAAGUUGAACGACUAGUUUGAAUAGGAACCCUCAAAAAAAACAAAAAGAAACAAAAAAAAACAAAACAAAAAAAAAACAAAACAGAUGCGUGCGAUCUCUACAACCGUGAUCCUAACAGAAUUGUAUCAAUAAAUAUAUUUUGGUCACUUAAUUUUUAUUCAUGAUUAGCAGUUAGCAGGAGUUGUGGAUUAGUGCGUCCACGACCGUAAAGAACAAAUUAAGACAGACAACACGAACAGGAUUUGAAACGUAGACCUCUACAGGCUAGAAUUUGAAGUCGCUAACAUCUGCUAACAGAAUGCCUCAUAUGGGUGGUUGUCGUGUGUUGGAUACAGUUAAAAAUCAUCACAUUUUAAAAAGAAACUGUUAAAAAGAUUAUAUAUUAUGAACAAAAA